AUGAACCAGACAGCUAAAGAUCUGUUGAUCAUCUAUGAGACGGAGGCAAACCAGUGGGCCAGCUACCUGCUGUCAGUUUUCACGGGUCCAAUCUCAGAGGCUGCGAUCUGCUGCUAUGACAUUUCCACAGUCUCCAGUCGGCAAGAUGACUACCUCCGCUUGUCCCAGUACACCUGCAAGCUGCUCAUCCUCUCCAAAGGAAUGCUGGAGAGUCUCUGCCAGCUGCGCUGCGGCUUCCUGGCCCGCAUUUUGGUCCCUGCGUCGCAGGUGGUGGUGCUGCAUUGUGGCGUGGAUAGCCUGACCCCCCUGCUGGAGCUGGUGCCCCUGGACGGGAACCAGUUCCUGCAGAUCUCCAGUGAUCAAGACCCUCCUGAGUAUCUGUCUGCGGUGACUGACAUCAUAAGAAAAGGUGGAUCGGCCACAUCAGCAAAUGUCCAUCCAGUGACACGUAAACCAUCUGGAACACAGCAGAGGGCCAAGCAGCUGCUGUCCAGUGAAGCCAGCAAGGUCAGAUCAAACCUUGUGGUUCUUCCCUCAAGAGUUCCUUGCGGGAGCUCCGUGGAGUUGCAUGUUCUUCUGAGAAGUCAAACUGUGGACUCUGACUGCGAGGUGGAGUUCAGCAAUGGGGAUCAGAGCAUGAGAGUAAGGCCUGUUUGCUGGAACGAGAGGAUCCUGUGCGUCGGCGCUCCAGAUUUUCCUGCGGGGAAUGUGUCUGUGACUGUGUACAGUGGUCGGAAGUCACUAGGCAGCGCACAACUGCAGUACCACACAAACAUGGAAGAAUUCACCUGCCUUCUGUCAAAGGUAGCGGACCCUGUGGACUUUAUGUGUCAGGCAUUUCAGGUUUCCUCUGCGGACAUGGUGGAUAAGAAGCUGUCGUCGAUGAUGCUGGAGAGAAUGCCAACGGGAGGCUUUGAGGCUCUGAAAACUGGAAACAAAUACAAACAAGAUGUGCCCUCACUCCUCCAUUUCGCUGCUCGCUAUGGCUUCAGAGGCGUCUCCAAGCUGCUUCUGCAGUGUCCAGGUGCCAAGCAGGCGCUGCGAACGGCCGACUGUCACGGACAAACCCCCACCGAGAUCGCCAAGAGUCACGGCCACACGGAGCUUCACGUCUUAUUGAGGGAGACGCUGAAGAUGCUGAACCCCGGCGAGGCCAACGCAGAUCACGAUGUGUAUGAAAUGAUGGGCAAUACAGAUGUACAGAAACAGGAGCCAGGUGAGGGCAGUGAGGCAGAGGAGGAAGACGAGGAUGAAGAGGAUCUUUACACGCCGCUGGAGGCCAAUGACGACACCAGCUCUGAGAAUGCCGUGGUUAUUGCCAAUCGCCCGCCGGCCCCCGCUCCGAGACCGGAGAGCUCGGAAAUGAAGAACAGCAAGGUGCCUUUCAUAGCUCAAGUGUUUCAGAAGAAGAAGACCAUUCCGCCGGUGGACAGGGAUCUCUAUUCACUCCCCACCAAACAAGUGCAAGACCAAGAAGGCAGCGUCCCCCCCACCUAUGACUCUUUCGUGAUGCAAAGAGACUGGCCGACCAUGAGGCUCAAGGAGAAGCAAAAGAGUCACUCCAUCGCUGCCAGCGUCAGCAGCAAGGACUACGAUGACAGCGUCUAUGAUAGAAUCCAAAUUGCUCAACCCAAGCCAGGGAUGGAAAAAGAAGGCAAGAGAAGAAACAAGUUGGAUUCUGAUUUCUACAGCCAGCCUCUUAAAGGACACAACAGGUUUCGAAAAAUUGAUAAACGAUAAAAAUAUGUCCUGGACCAGUCCACUGAAUCUGCCCGACCAUUCCCACCUGGUCGCGCUCUUGUUGUGGCAGAGCCAACUCCCUUUAUCAAUCACAUCGGCACUUCCUGCUGCACUUCCUACUUCUGCUGUAGGCCAAAACCGUUGGCCCACUGGUUGUUCCUGUUCGGGUAAAGUCAUCUUUCAUCUUUAUAAGACCCUCUACCCGCUCUCUGGUCAGUUUUUUCUUUUCCCCCUCUGGAACUGUUUACCGUCCAUCUUAUUGAAUGGUAACCACCCAUGGACCUCCAAUUGAGAAGACCUCUGUGGAAAAAGAAUUGAAACACAACCCUGAAAGAGGAACUCCAAAAAUCUGGAACUUUGAAAAGGAAACAGAGCUCUGGACAUUUCUGCACUGCUGCAUCGAUUAACGUUUUGUUUGUUGUUGUUUUUUGUCUAAUAUUUUCCAUAACAUCAAUUGAUUAUUAUACUUCUAUGUUGCGUUUUGUCUCCACAGACUCUGGGUUAAUCCCAAUAAGAGUUACAUCUGCAAAUCAUCUGCAAUUAAAGUUUGACCAUUUGACUUCUAAUUUAUAGCAAUAUUGAUUUAAAUAUUUGUUUUUAAGUAGUGGAAUUAUUGAAAUUGUAUCAUUUAAGUUGCAUUUGUGUGUAAAUGUUUAAAACUGAAGAUACAGAAUUCACACAUGAGUUUAAGAAAGACUAAAAUAAAAGCUAAAUUAACUGCUAUAAGCUAAAGAUCUUGAAGUGUAAUCUUAAAUUGCUAGGAAAGUAGACUAUCAAAACAAGCAUCAAAUAUUUUUGGUAACGUUAAUCACAUCUAAAAAGAAUAUUUCUAUCUCUAUAACAGCAAUGCUAUAUAUUAUAGCUUUUUAUGAAACAGAUUAAUGGUAAACAUCACAUAUGGUCUUUUACAACUGUCGAUAUACAUUAUAAAUAGCUUUAUCAGCACAACAGUAAACAAAAAGAAAGAAAGAA